AUGUGGUUCCACGCCCACCCACUUACAUCCUGCCCAAACCACUACGAACUUAUUGACAGUGUAGAGCGCCAAUCAUCCGACUCUACUUCGGAACAGUUGCACAAGUCUUCAUCGUGGAGGGUUCCAAGAUUCAUAUCCUCCAAACGUAAGACAUCGUUGCUUAUUAUUGCGGACUUAGUCCUACUUGGUCUUAUCCUUCAUAUUCUUUCACCACUCAUCUCUUUAUUACGGCACAACAAAGAACUAUUCCCGGCGCUCGUUAGCAUUACCAGCAGAGAUGUACCCAAGUCUUUCACGCCACGGAAUGACCAGAUACCACGGAUUCUUCACCAGACCACCAAAAACGACACUAUACCCAGCAUCUGGGCAGACUCCCAGGCGAGCUGCCUCAAAAUAUACUCCAAUUACGAGUACAUGCUGUGGACAGAUGAUAAAGCCCGAUCGUUUCUCGCAGCCGAGUAUCCAUGGUUUUUAGAAGUCUGGGACAAUUACCCCUUUCCCAUCCAACGCGCCGAUGCCAUCCGUUAUUUCGUACUAUACCACUAUGGCGGUAUUUAUCUCGAUAUGGAUACUGUAUGCCACGAAGAGUUCCCUAUUCACCAAAUCGAGAACAACAAUGUCACACACAAUUGCCUCUUCGAAGGUACACUACCUACUGGAGUCACCAACGAUAUCAUGAUUUCGUCUGCCAGACAUCCCGCAUUCGAAAGGGCUACCAAACUCCUUCCUGUGUCCUUUCGAUUCACUUGGUGGUGGGCCAAAAUGCAGCCAUAUGCUGCUAUCAUGUCAUCAACGGGGCCUCUAUUUAUUUCUCUUGCUGUUGCCGACUACUUGUAUGAGCAGCCGUCUUUGCCUUCACCAACAGUUCAGGUUAUUUCCCCUACUAGCCUCAAGCCGUAUAUCUCGGACCUGCAAACAGCAAUCUGGCAUGGCUGGGAUGCUCAUGUCCUGAAAUGGCUCUCUAACAAGCCAUUGGUCUGGUUUAUUUUAGGCACGUUUCUCUUGGUUGGGGGACUGUAUACUGUGAAUAAAGUCUUCGUGAUUGUCUCUAGAGUUAUGCUUCGGUUAAUUCAAGCUCUUUUACAGGGUAUAAAAAGGAUGGUUAAAGCCAUUUGA